UCACGGCAUGGACUCCGUACCCGGGCGUCAGCACUCUUCUCAUUGGCUGCGGAAUCAUGUUUCUGCUCGUGGGUGCGCUCGGGCUGUUCCUCGCCGUGGAUGAUUCUUGCGCCGCCUGUAAGAUGGGUGUACUAACUAUCCAGUCUACCCUGAACUGCCUUCUACUUGCGCCGCUGGCCUGUAUAUCAGCUACGCUUGGUUUACUACACACCUCUGAAACAAGAACACGCUAUGAAGACACAUCCACACAUGACUGGCACUUACACCUGGAGAUAGGAAUCAUCUGCGCAUGUGUAGUGGAGACAGGAGCGGCGGGCGCUACUGCUAUCCUGUGUGGCUGCUGCGAGAUCUUUGGCUGUCAAGACAAAACAAAUAUCGAGACGGUGGCUCUGACAGAAACAACCCAAAAGAACCACUGUAAAAGAAGGGAAAAGUCUGGGAAAGACUUCGGCGACACAAGCAAAACUCGUUUCCCAACACGCCCGACGUCCCUGCUGAACAGACUAGACAAAAGAAAGCAAGUUCAGCCGCUUGAUGUCGUCCAACCGAGACCAGGAUUAGAAUUGUCUGUUGGAAGAGCGGAGAUGCGUCCGAACGAUGCUAUGACUUCAACAGCUGUCCAACCGGGAAUUACCAUUGAAGAACUGGGGUCCUUCCAACAAGCUUCUGUGUCAGAUUGUGCUUCAGUUCUGGACACAUUGUCACCGCUACCAGGAUCAACACAGGACAGUAUUGAGCUGGUGGCGUAUGAUAUGCAGACCCUCCCCAUAGGAGUGGACAAGGCAACUGAGGCCGAUGGAGAUGAAGAGAGCGGGUCUCGGAGACCUCCGGCUUUUCUUAAGCCCCUAGAUUCAGCUCGCAUCCCUCCUAGACUUGUGCGAAAUAGGGUAGAUCCAGAGCACAUUGGAUCUACUGCAAGUUUUGUGUCCUUAGACGGGAGUUCUGGUGACUUCUCGCCAAUACUGAACUCAAACAACAUCCCAGGCAAGGGCGAGAAGAGGCCACCUGUGAGAAAGCCAUUGCCUCCUCCAUCUGUACUGAAAACGUCAACAGUGUUUUCACCAGAAAAAGCACCUGAAUGUUACAAACCAGACGGUUUAAAAACUCACAGUGUGCCAUCUCUAGAAAAGCUCAAAGCAAGGGACUUCACCUGCCAAGAGGGAGAAGAUGGUGACGCAUUCGUACAAAGAAGAGAUUCGUUGGAAACGUUUGAAGAUUUAGGCGUGAUUCAUUCCGGAGUGGAGACAAACUCGAUGACGGACAACGAUACAAAGGUACUCGCCCCUACGGGUACAAAGAAGGACCUCUACGGUUCGUCAGGUGGUGGUGUUCGAUCUGCAGGCAGCAUGCAUGACGGCCGCAGCUCCAAGCUGAUGCUGGUGACCGAGGAGUCCCUGAUCAUGCUGGAUGCUGUAGACAAGGAACUAGACGAGGCGGAAACGCUGAUCGAGUCAGACACCAGAAGUCAGAGUUCCUCCGGUUUACGCCGUGCUGACGAGUACAAUAAGACGAAGGAAACUCCACCAAAAGAGAUGAUCGACAAAAACAUCACCGCUCAGACAGCUCAAGAGGGCUCUGACAGAAUCACUCAGAUCAGGUGUAGGUCGGAUCUAGACGCACAAAGGGGAAGAGUGCCCGCAGUAGACCUUAAUACAUCAGGUUUACUUGAAAAGGAAAUACAAUCGAUGGAAAUGGCUCAGAAAGAGGCAUAUAGUGUGAAAGGAAAAGAAGACCACAAUGGCCGACACUCCCUCUCCACGAAAAGGGCAACAAGCUAUGAUGUCUGCAAGAAAGAUGACGUCACGGACGUGGAACGUGAGCUGGCAGAGGCAGAACAGUUGAUACAGCGGUCAACUGAGAACGCCACGUGUGACAUGGAUGACAGCAUGACUGAUGGACUGACGUCACCAAGCUCCACCGGUAUGAAUGACGUAGAUGAACACAUCGAGGCAGCCGAGACGCUGAUCCAGAUGUACGAGGCCACAGAGGCCCUGCAGAAGGCCAUGUCCCUGAGGAAUCUGCAGGCCCUGGAAGCUGCCAUCACCGCCGUGCAGCGGGCUGGAGUAGAGGACAAAGUGAAACACGAGAUAAACAGGGCCAACAAACUGCUCUUGUCGCUCCGACAGCUGGACAAACUGAAACAGGAAGUUCUCAAGCUUCGCCAGAGUACAGUAUCGGAGAUCCGCAGCUACAACAAACCCCACCCCGCCGUCAAAACAGUCAUGACGGCUGUGUACUUGCUGCUGGGCACCAGGGAGAAAGACACAGAGAACUGGCAGUCUGUACAGAUUCUGCUGAGCAAGGCUGGUGCAGAAGGGCUGAAGAGACGAGUGUCUGCUUGCCACGUAGCAAAGAUUCCUGUGGCCGUAGCGAACAGAUCCCGGCAAUUCCUCAGCAAGUACAAUCUGGACGAGAUACGAGAUGUCAGUGCUGGAGCUGCCACAUUAUACUUAUGGGCAACAGGAGUUGUACAGGAAGUGCGUGACAGAGCAAGAGAGCAGAGGCAGCUCAACUUUCUAACCACCGCCUCUUCACCCACUGCUGACACCAACUCAACAACAUAGCAAUCCACGUCCUGGGACCUAUUUUCAAUGAAAAUGAUGUCUACAUGUACAUCUAUUGGACUCUAAAGAGUGAUAGGGUCGACAGAAACCAUUGGAAGCGACAGCCUUACAGUUGUAGAUUCAAACAGUAGUUGAAGUAAUUGAUAUCUAUCAAGCUCAACAGUAAACACUUCAACAUUUCAAACCUUAGGUAUUAUAUUUCUGUAAUUUAUGCAUAAUUUAUGUUUAUUCUUAGCCAUGAAGGGACUGGGUAUACAGGUGGUUUUUUGGCGGGCUUUCAUUCCAAACAGAUUUAUAUGAUUCUCAGAUAUUGUUUUUCAAUAAUAUUGAACGUAUCUCAUGUAAUGUAGCUAGUUUAAGUACAUAAUGAUCCAUUGGAUUUACAGCUGUGCAGUUUUGGACACAUACUCAAAAUUUGUGACUUACGGCUUAUGCAUCAAUCUAGUACGUUAUUUGUUUUUGGUGUGUGUAAUAUCUAUAUUUUUGCUUGGCUUUAUUUAUAAAGGAUUGUUUGACGCGAUGAAAGUAGAGCUGUCAAGACAAACGUCUCUUGUGAGUAAAGAGUCAUGCAUAAUAAAUGUUUCAUUGUUGAUGCAAAUAUGAUAUUCACUUACAUAGAUUAAUCAGAUAAUCAUUUUCUGGACCUGAAUAAAACAAUAUGUUCAAAGUAUGAAAAAAUCAGCCCAACACAGCAAUGCGAUAACACUGUAUUAUGCAACUACCUUUUCAUACAAGUUUCCAAUACAAUAUAUUUGAAUGAUUCUGUCGUGUAGUGUCGACUGUCUGAAGGAUGUUCCCCUUUAAGUCACCACUUAAGCCAUCAUGAUUUUAUUAAUCAAGAUUCAGAGAAUGUGAUCAUAGAGAAGUCAAAAGUAUCAAGUAUCCUUAACAAGGCUGACCAGAUGUAUAAAACACACUGUGGGUUACAGCAAUAAUGUGGAGAGGGUCAGG